CGCGCUGAGUUAAUUGCUGAGGCGUGCCUGUCAAGAGACAACAGAGAACAACAUGGCGGCGUCCAUGAUGUACAGCCGGCUGUCAGCGGGUCUGAGGAGUCGGGCGCCCCUGGCUGCCCUUGGCAGCGCUGCACAGGUUCUCGGUGGUUUUCCUGGUGUGUUCAGUUCUCAUGGAGUACAAGCACAACAACACAGGAACUUGUCUUUGCAUGAGUAUCUUAGCAUGGGACUUCUUAAAGAUGCUGGUAUCGCCACACCAAAGGGUUUCGUAGCAAAGACACCAGAAGAAGCUUAUUCUGUAGCUAAAGAUAUAGGUUCCAAGGAUUUGGUGGUCAAAGCCCAGGUGCUGGCUGGUGGAAGAGGAAAAGGUACAUUUGAAGGUGGCCUGAAAGGAGGAGUAAAGAUUGUCUAUUCGCCAGAAGAAGCCAAAGAUAUUUCCUCACAGAUGAUUGGGAAGAAGCUAUUUACGAAGCAGACAGGAGAGAAGGGCAGAAUAUGUAACCAUGUGUUCAUCUGUGAGCGCAGAUAUCCCAGGAGAGAAUAUUACUUUGCAAUUACCAUGGAAAGGUCAUUCCAAGGGCCUGUGUUGAUUGGAAGUUCCCAAGGUGGGGUUAACAUUGAAGAUGUUGCUGCUGAAAAUCCUGAUGCUAUUGUGAAAGAGCCAAUUGAUAUUGUACAGGGCAUCCAGAAGGAACAAGCUGCUAGGCUUGCACAGAAAAUGGGCUUCCCAGAGAACCUUGUGGAUGAGGCAGCCCAGUGUAUGAUCAACCUGUAUAAUCUAUUCAUGAAGUACGAUGCCACAAUGGUUGAAAUCAACCCCAUGGUAGAAGAUGCAUCCGGAAUAGUGAUGUGUAUGGAUGCAAAGAUCAAUUUUGACUCCAAUGCUGUAUAUAGGCAAAAGGAAAUUUUCGAUCUGCGAGACUGGUCCCAGGAAGAUGACAGAGACCACCAAGCUGCCAAAGCUGACCUGAACUACAUUGGACUGGAUGGCAACAUUGGAUGUCUUGUGAAUGGUGCUGGUUUGGCCAUGGCAACAAUGGACAUCAUAAAGCUUCAUGGGGGAACUCCAGCAAAUUUCUUGGAUGUUGGUGGAGGUGCUACUGUCCACCAAGUAACAGAGGCUUUCAGACUCAUCACAUCUGAUAAAAAGGUCCUCGCUAUCCUAGUGAAUAUUUUUGGUGGUAUUAUGAGAUGUGACGUUAUUGCACAAGGCAUCAUCAUGGCUGUAAAGGAUCUGGAACUUAGGAUACCUAUUGUGGUCCGCUUACAAGGUACUAGAGUUGAUGAUGCGAAAGCGCUGAUAACCGCCAGCGGACUGAAAAUCCUCGCAUGUGAUGAUCUGGAUGAAGCUGCGAAAAUGGUUGUAAAGCUGUCAGAAAUCGUAACGCUGGCGAAACAAGCUCAAGUGGACGUGAAGUUCCAGUUACCAAUCUAAUGUUGCACCAGCCUUUUGUUGGCUUGGAAAUUUUUGUUUUUCUCCUUCUCUUGUCUAGGUUUUAAUUGUAUGUUUAAAAUUACUUCAAAAAAUGGUUGGUGUUUAACUGAGCUGCUCCUUUGGAAAUCAACAUCACUUCCUAUAUAUAUAUAUAUAUAUAUAUAUAUAUAUAUAUAUAUAUAUAUAUAUAUAGACAGUAUUUCUCCAUUCUGAAUUUAUCACAGCCUGUCUGGAAAGAAUCACUAAAACUAUAGCUGACAUACAAGUUGUUUCUCCAUGGACAAGUCUCCGGUAGUGUUACAGCCAGAGAUCUACUGUAUAUGGAAUAUGAAUGCCCUACAGAAUUAUUGUGCAAGGACCGGACUGCUCUUGCACUGUAACCCUUCUUUCUCUGCAUUGCUUUUUUUAAGAUUUAAUAGAGCAACUUGUAUUUUAGCUACAGUUUUGCUUGACAACAUUACUAUCUAAAGUGAAAAAUACACUUACAUAGCAAACAUUAUACCAUCUGAUAAUGCAUUACUUUUACCAUCAGUACAUUAUACUAUGCCUGGCUGAACAGACAGUUUUAUCACCAUUGAUAAAUGGAAUUACCCAGUCCCCUGACUGUUUGCAUUUUCUUGUAGGUACACAAUGCAGAAGCAGUUUAUUCCACUAAAGCUAUGUAGAUUUGUACUGUACGGUAUACACACUUGCUAUGAAUUGAUCUACCGUAUAAGUGGUAUCUUAGGACCUUCAGCACCUUACUGUUGUUGAUGUUGCUACACUACUUUGCACUGUAGAUCAUUGGGCCUGUGAGGCAAUGUACGUAGUAUUGAUAUAAUUUAAUUUGGGAGUAGUUUUAAAGGGAACCUGUCAUCAACUUUAUGCUGCCCAUACUAAUGGUGGCAUAAAGUAGAGACAUGUGAGUUGAUUUUAGCGGUCUGUCAUUUAAAAGUUAAAAGUAGGUGGUUGGCGAGA